CUCGAUCUGGUUUGUUCACGGUCGACUAAAAUCAAUGGACAUUUCAGAAGAUAGUCUACAGCAAGACCCUGACAAACUUCAGUGGGGUCCCAGCUACGGUAGAGGAAGGUGUUACUGCUCAGCGGAAGGGUUUCGGCAGGUGGAAGAACCGGCAGCCAUUGGUCAAUUUUGGGGGAGCUUGGCAUCAGAGUCGACAUGGACUGGCAGAGCAUUUUCACCGAGAGCCCGAGAAUGGCGCUGGGCCUGUCCAUCGGCGCGGGUUUCCUCAUCUACUAUUUGGUCGAGGCAGUGAAGCGCCCUCUGCUGGCCUGCCGAAGGAGCCUCUGGCGGGACUUCCUGAGCUCCAACCUGAGUAUCCUGCAGGAGCGCUACUGGCCCACGCCCUGGUGCUUCGAGAGUCGCUGCCAGACCAUCCUGGCCUCGGUCCUCCGCUCCAGACUGCCUGAUAUAACGUACAGAAGAGAGUUACUGCAGCUGAAGGACGGGGGGCAAGUGUGCCUGGACUGGCUGGACAACGCUGCCGACGAUGCUAAGAAGCCCCUGAUCAUCAUCCUACCGGGGCUGACGGGGUCCUCCCAGAGCGAGUACGUCAAGAGCUUCGUCCUGAUGGUGCAGAAGGCCGGGGCGCGGUGCGUGGUCUUCAACAAUCGAGGGCGCGGCGGUGUGGAGCUCAAGACUGCGAGGACGUACUGUGCUGCCAACAGCGAUGACUUGGAGGAAGCUAUACUGCACAUCAGGAGCAAGUACUCGGAGGCCCCACUCAUGGCCACUGGGAUAUCUCUUGGGGGGAUGAUUCUAGGGAACUAUCUAGCUACGCGGGGAGAGAAGGCAGCAGAGCACCUGGUGGCGGCUAUGGUGCUCUCUAUCCCAUGGAAUGUAUUCGUUGGCACGGAGAGCCUCGAAAAACCCCUUUGGAACCUCUUGCUCAACCGGCAUCUGGCCCAUUGCCUUGUUGACUCCAUCAGGAGCAUGAGGAAGCAGCUUGAAGGGAACUAUAACUGGGAUCUCGACCAUGUCCUACAGAGCAAGACCAUCAGGGAGUUUGAUUCUAGAUUCACGGCUGUUCAGUUUGGUUUCCGUGAUGUUGAGGAAUAUUAUAGGACUGCCUGCCUCCAUGAUAAGCUUGAUAACAUUAAGGUGCCUUUGUUGUGCCUCUCUGCUGCAGAUGACCCUUUCCAACCUAUGGAAGGUAUCCCAGUGGAAGCCGCAAAUAAGUCGAGUCAUGUGGCUAUUGUAGUGACUGCUCGAGGUGGACAUAUUGGUUUCAUGGAAGGAAUAUUUCCAACAAACACCUAUUACAGCGAUCGCCUCUACGGACAGCUGGUCAAGGGAAUAUUCUCCAAUUUGGAAGCCAUGAAGAAACUCAAGAAGGAAGCCGAUGACUAUGCCAGAAGUUGCAACAGUGAAGCUAUAGGUUCAGAAUCAUAGAUUUCCAUUUUUUAAAAAUCAUUUUGGUUAUUAUUAAUUAUGAACAAAAACUUUACAUUUGAGAGAUUCUCUUUAUUGUGUACAUUUCUGUGUUUGGUGGUAUACUCUGUAGGCUUUCAUUUUUUGAUAUUUAGGGGGAAUUUUUAGUCUUUCUGGUUAUCUUGGCUGUAUAAUUUAUUUGAGAGCAUAUUUGUUAACUUUUGAGUACAGUUUAUUGUCCUUUAAGAUUUUUGUUGAUAUGUGAAGGGUUUAAAUUUUAUUACUGGUGUAAUCCAGUUUACUGAUGUUCAUAGGCAAUUAACAUCACAUUGCAAACUACUUUUAUGCUGAAUAAAAUAGUGAAACGACUUACCAAUAUGAUAUAGUUUUAUUUGUACAAAAUGUAAAUAAUAAACUGCAAAAAUACUUUGAAAAUAGGAAUUGAUUGCUGGGGUUUCAUACAGGGAAUGAAGUUGUUAGAGUAAAUUCAGAAAAGGUAAGAAAAGACAGUUAUAAUAAUUUAAUUGCUGCAGCAGGUGAUGUGUGAGUUAAUGGGAAGAAGUGCAGUUCUUCUUCUUUUAACGGUAGGUUCAUGUCUGAGCCGCCGUGGUCACAGCAUGAUACCUAAUUGCAGUUUUCAUGUUGUGAUGCUCUUGUGCAGUAGUGGGUUACAAAUGCCGUAUGGUUUUAGGAAUGGUAUAGAAUGAUCAUCCACGAAAGCACGUUGCAAUUUGAAAAGCACAUACUCUGCAGUGACGAUUUGAUGCCAUUGAUAUUUAUCUUAUAGUUUAUGAGUCUGCAUUUAUUUUCCAAAGAGAUGUAAUAGAUUUUGGUGUUCUAUGAAUAGUUUACCUUUGAAUUUUGAUUGCUGUCGAUAUUUUUAAAAUUGCAUAUGAAAAUUAGUUUGCUACAGAUAUUUUACUCUGCAUUAUAAUUAAUUGCAAUUUCUUUUAUUUGAUAUGGGUCUUUUCUUUUUAUCUAAUAGUGCUAAUAGGUGUAACUACAUAUUGUGUAAGAAUCAGUUAUCAUAAAUUGUGAUUACCAAACUUUCUUUUUCAUCUUUACGUAGAUCAUCAGUGCCUUUUAUGAGCUUUCUUUUCUUUUAACUCUUUUGCAGUUCAUCUCAUAUUUAUUUUACACAUUUUUAGUUCUUUUUAUGUGCAGGUUUUCUCUAAUUUUGUGUUAUAUCCAAUUUUUUUUUCCUCAGAAUUCCCCCCUCCCCCACACACACACACUUUUUAAAUUUUGGUUUUGUUUUCCUAAUUUAUCUAUAUCCCCCCCCCCCACUUUCUUUCUCAAAUAUGAUUUAUUUUUCACUUUUCUCUAUUUUUCUUCUGCACUUUUCUUUAACUUUGUUUUGUUUCCCCACUUUUCUCUCCCCCUUUUUAUUUUCCAGAUCUCUUACUAUUUUAUUUCAUACUUUUUUAUUGUCCACAUUCCUCUAUCUUGUAUGGCUUUGUUUCCUACAUUUCUUUAAUUCUCUUUCUUUCCCAAUUCCCUCUCUAUCUUACUUUCCACAUUCCAUUCUAAUUUGUUUCCCACUUUCCUCUUCACUAAUUUUGCUUCAUAUUUUUCACUCUCUUAACUUCAUUUCUCAUUUCAUACUUUUCACUCUUUAAUUUUAUAUCUUAAGUCACACUUUUCUCUCACUAAUUCCAUUUUCUUUCCCACUGCCACUCCCCCCCCCCCCCACUGCCGUCAUAAUCACCCAUAAAUCCAGACUUGGACAAGACUAAUAAAAAAAAAAGAAAAAAAGAAAAAAAGAUCUCGCUCUACUUCAUUAAUCCCCUCAGAAUAUAAUUAUCUCACUGUACUUCAUUAAUCCCCCAAGAAAUAUAAUUACCUCACUCAUUAAUCCAUCUCUCCCACUACUUUCCAUGUGUUGGUGAAGGACAGAUGUUAAGAAUUGUUGGUAAUUCUUGUGCGUGGAUUCUGGGUUAUUGAAAAGGCCUAAAGCUGGUCUAUAGGCCUAGUGGAACUGCCCUUUGUUAUAUUUUCUUGUAUCAGAAAAUCAUACGAUUAUUUCGAGUGUUUAUAAGGUUUACAGGAACUUGUGAAGCAACUGUAAAUAAAUUGUCUCGUAAUUUUUAAAUAUGAUUAUCUCAAAGGUCCAGAUUUGUUCUCUCUCUCUAUAUAUAAAUCUGCUGCUUAACAUAAGAAAGGAAUGUGAUUUUUGUUUUUUGUAUAUAGAUAUUUACCUAGUAAUGUUUUUAUUAACUUAGUACUGAAAGGCAAUGAACAAGAAUUUGAAAAAAAGGUCACAGUUAGUACAAUAAUAUGAAAAACACAUAUUUUGAAGUUCUGUCCCCAAUCUUGGCAAUAAUAUAUAAGUGGUUAAAACAAAUAUAGUUAUUAAGGUAAUUAAGGUAUGACUGUGGUAGAUAAAACAUUAAUGCUGCAUGAAACAUCAAUAGAAACUUUUAACAGUUGUUGCAUUAUUACUGAUUUUGUGAAUGAAACUGUUUAGUUGUAAAUUGUUAUAAUUUUGAGUAAUGCAGAAAAUCAGUUGA